GGGAAGAGAAGAAGGUGAUCGUGAACUUUCAACUUCUUCCCUCUCCAUUAGAUACUCUUUCAAUUACUGCAACAAUGGCCGCUGCUGGUACUGCUACUGCAACUGCGCCACCUGACAUCGCCUCGCAGAAUCAAGUGAAGUCACCAUGGGCCAAUAGAUACCGUGGGGCCACCGUUGAGGAUCUCGAUCCCCCUACCGCCCUCUCAUGCAAACCAACCGACUCCAUCUCUCAUGCUCUAAUGAGUGCCUACGAGCGUGACUAUACCCACCUCACCGUCGUCUCCAAAGAUACGCGUGCGCUGCUCGGAUAUCUCAGCAUUCCCCGAUUAAGGGAAUUGUUGCAGGCCGGCUCCGUUCACGAGGACGAUCCUGUGGAAAAGGCGAUGAUGCGAUUCCGGCGCAAAGGGAAAACAUAUCAUGUCAUCACCAUGGACACUCCGUUGGAGGAACUCGAGGACUUUUUCAAUGGUGGCGGCGUGCAUGAAAGUGGACCCCAAGACUUCGCUGUGGUUACAGAUGAAAGCCGCAAGUUCGUUCUCGGUGUGGCCACAAGAUCGGAUCUCGAAGAGUUUGUCAAGAGGCGACCUGCUUGAGGCAAGCGAUUUUGACCACGGGGGUUUGAUCAAGGCGGAUUUGUACCCUAAGUCCGGCCAUGGACCGAGGAGGAGCCCACGCUCUGGAGCCGCAGCUGUCCCAUCAUGGACCAUGUUCAUUUCAAAGCGGCACUGGAAUAGAGCAUGGGUAUAGAAUUGCUCUCUUUGGAAAGCGCAUCUCUUUCUAAACCUGUCGUGGAAGAGGACGCGCCGAGGAACAAAAAGGAAAAAUUUCCUCAACACAAGGAUAUUAGGAUAUGUCAAAUGGGAGUUUCGGGUAACAGAUAUUUUUGGAUAUUGAUGAAGUAAAUAAACUGGUACAAAUGGACUUGGCUUGUGACAAUGUUCUGUUGGGAG